UCCCCCCCCUCAAAAUACAUAAAUAAAAUCUUUAAAAAAAAAACCCUUAAAUUGGUGCACAUAGGGACCCCGGAAGAUGAGGGAAGUCUCUCUAGUCCCCAAAGUACCCCUACCUCUGCUCUCUGGGCCCAGGGGCUGCAGAGAAGAUAGCUCACCCGCCCCCCCCCCCCGCCCCCCCGCCCAGCAUUCCAACGUGGAAUACCCCUACAGCAAAAACAGCCUGGACCCUGGGCUUUUUGUAGAAAGCACCUACAAGGGGAGUGUAGUAUCCAGAGCUAAUAGCCUCAGUUCCACCAGUGCCUCCUCUUCCGUCCCCAACAAAGAUGACAAGAACAGUGAUUACCACCAGGAGUCCUACAAGGAGACUUACAAGGACUGGCAGCAUCAAGCACACACUCAGGCUGAACAGAAGAGGAGGGAUGGCACCAAGAGAGGCUAUGAUGACCUUCAGAUCACUGUCCCCGCCUGCCAGCAGCAGGACUUUUCUAUUGGCUCCCAAAAGCUCAGCAAAGCCAUCAUUAUGCAGAAGACUAUUGACUACAUCCAGUUUUUACAUAAGGAGAAGAAAAAGCAGGAGAAAGUGUCCACUCUACAUAAGGACAUCAUGGCCCUAAAGAUUAUGAAAGUGAACUAUGAGCAGACUGUGAAGGCACGCCAAGAUAACCCCCAUGAGGGGGAGGACGAGGAGGAGGACCAGGUCUUUGACCAGGUCAAGUCCAACGUGUUUCAAGGCAUCACAGACUUCCUGUUCCAAUCUUUCAACACCUCCAUCUCCAUGGCCAGCUUUCAGGAGCUAUCAGCCUGUAUCUUCAGCUGGGCUGAGGACCACCGUAAGCCUCAGACACCAUGGGAGAUCAUGAUUGGUGUCCUGCACCAACUGAAGAACCAGCUUUACUAACCUGCAGAGUAGCCAAAAAAAGGCCUCAGUCUCCUACUUGGCUACAGAGCUAGUAGGCUUAUGAGGUUGGACUGAGACACCUUAGACCAGUCAGCUGGUUUCCCCUUGGUGUUUGGUUCCUUAGCAAUCCUCGUUCUCAGUGGGGCUGGGGUGUUUGUUUUGUGAAAGCUUCUGAUUAGUUUAUUAUACUAAUCACAGAGCUUGAACCUGCCCAAUCUUCCCCCACCCUUCCCCAUAGAAGUCCCCAGAACUGGGGUCUGCUCUGGGAAACCCCCUUCUCCUAAGCUCAAGUUUCAAAUUUUGGCACAUGAUCUACUCAUAUUUAGAAACUACUGUUGCCCAAGUUUGGCCAUUUUGGCAGUAGAUGGGACAGGAGGAAAGGAUUAAGAAGAACUACUUCCACAGCUGCAAAGGGUGAAAGGCCACAUUCAUGCCUAAACUAGAGCUGCCUGGUUAGCCCAAGGUAAAGCUAUGGCUUUCUGGUCAGUUCAGGGCAGGGCUGCAAGGUUCCUGCUCUUGCCUUCUACUCUCUCACCUUCCUUCUCUGCUCUGGCCAGCACAGAAGCAACCUCCCCACCUACUCCUGCCCUCUGCCCCCAUAGGCAGCGGCAAUGCACAGGAAAGUCCAAUGUGAUGCAGCACCACAUGUUAAAGUUUUAAUUU